CCCUGCUUAGGUCACAUCAGCCCGCCUAUCAGCAGCCGGUGGGACCGGACAUAAAAAGUUGGGACGGUGCCGUGGAAGCGGUAGAACCCUGCGGACAUCAGUGUUGCUCAGACCGUUUCCGAGAAGACUUAAUCAGCCGAAGACUAUCUUACCUGCACACAACCAGAAACAGCCAUGAGGAGUUUAAUUCAAGGAAUCUUCAUCCUUUCUGCUCUCUGCUGCUCCCUAGCGGACAACGUGGAGGUACUUCGCACCAAGCGAGGGACCCGUUUUUACAGAGGUGAGCCUGCCAGGCAGCCAGCUAGACGGACACUGUUGAUAGUUCAGCUCAAGAAGCCUUCACCUUCCUAUGAAACAUCCUUACUGUGUGUGGAUAGUGAAACAUCAGCAGUGCAUAGUUUUGGUGACUCUUGGCUCCGCUGGAAAGGACAGCGUGUGGAGUAUUGCCACUGCCCAUUAGGAGGAAGAGAGCGUUGUCAUGUUGUGCCUGUCAUCAACUGCUACGUGUCCCAGUGCUACAACGGGGGAACCUGUAAGGAGGCCGUCUACUCAUCGGACUACAUUUGUCAGUGUCCCCCUGGCUUCAGUGGAACUCAGUGUGAGAUUAACACCAAUGAAAAAUGCAUCGUGGGGCAGGGUGAAGGCUACCGUGGGACCAGGAGCAUCAGUCAGACCGGAGCAGAGUGCAUCAACUGGAAUUCAACAACUCUCAGAGGAAGAAGGUUCACAGCUCGGAAAUCAGACGCCAGGAGCCUUGGGCUGGGGAAUCACAACUUCUGCAGGAACCCCGACCAGGACAGCUUGCCGUGGUGUUUUAUAUAUAAAGGCACACAGAUAGGAUGGGAAUACUGCUCCUUGCCCAAAUGUCCUCAAGAUAACAACACAGAGUGUGCGGUGGGAUUAGGUCAGAAUUACAGAGGCACAGCUUCUGUCACCAAUAGCGGCUCCACUUGUUUACCGUGGGACUCCCCUGUUGUCAGACGUAAGCUGAACAAUGCUUGGAGAUCCAAUGCCUUAGAAUUGGGGCUUAGCAACCACAAUUUCUGCAGGAAUCCAGAUGGCGACGAGGCUCCUUGGUGUCACACCUACAAAAACAUGCUGCUGACCUGGGAGCAUUGUGACAUACCUAAAUGUUCAAAACGUCCGUCCGUUAUUACCACUCCUGGCAUACGUGCUCCAACUACUAAUAACAACAAUGGAGCGACAUGUGGCAAGCGCUUGGAUAACACCUUAAAUCGUCGGGCUUUCCGCAUGUUCGGAGGCAGAUAUAGCGACAUCACAGAGCAGCCAUGGCAGGCUCUCAUCAAUGUUUACCAGGCCCGCCUCAGGAAACACUUCCACCGCUGCGGAGGAGUCCUUAUCGACUCCUGCUGGGUUCUGUCUGCUGCACACUGCUUCGAAAUCAGUGACAAAGCAGACAAGUUGGAAGUCGUUUUGGGAAGAACGUUCCGGAAGCAGAAUUCCAGCAGUGAGCAGAUUUUUAAGGUGGAGAAGUACUGGAUCCAUGAGAAAUUUAACUACGAAACAUUUGACAAUGACAUUGCUAUUUUAAAGCUUCAGACGGACAUUGGCAUAUGCGCUGUGGACUCUCCAGAGGUUCAUCCAGCUUGUCUGCCGGAAAGUGGGCUGGUGCUGCCCGAUUGGACCGAGUGCGAGAUCUCAGGCUAUGGAAAAAACUCUGAAUUUUCUGAUGAAUACUCGGAGCAAGUUAAAAGAGGACAUGUGCGCCUUUGGCCCAAAGAGCGCUGCGUUCCAGAGGUGCUGUCUGGACGGACCGUUACCUCCAAUAUGCUGUGUGCAGGUGACACCAGAGGGCUUGAUGAUGCCUGCAAGGGAGACUCCGGCGGCCCUCUCGUGUGCCGAAACAAGGACAGGAUGACUCUGAUGGGCGUGAUUAGCUGGGGAGAUGGGUGCGGGCAGAAGGAUAAGCCAGGGGUCUACACACGCGUCUCCCAUUACAUCGACUGGAUCAAUGACAUAAUUAAAGCAAACCCUGUGUAAAGUCAGAGAAACUGUGAACAAAAGUGUUGAAUGACUAAUAAUCACAGUGGACAAGAGGUUUAUCAUGAAGAUAGACGUAGAAAUCCACAACACCUCGUUGUUUUAAGACCGGAGGUUUGAAGUCAGCAGGACAGAAAUCUAGCAGAAGUUUUGUGGAGUUCAGUGUAUUGCUUUAUCCUCAGUUUCUAGUCGUCGCUAUUAUGAUCAGACUGAUUAUAUAGACAGAAAAUUUAUUUUUUGUCCUUUUAUUGGGGGGGACAUUGUUUAUUAAUCCUGACAUAUUUCAGUCUUUACUGAUAACAAAGUUUAUUUUCUACCCACUGCUGCCUCAAACAUGUAGAACUGGCAGUGAAUCUAACAAGGACAAUAGGAAGGAAGUUUAUCUGUGCUUCUACUUUCUUUCUUGCAGCUUUGCUGAAAGAAAUUAUGAGCCUUUGGCUGAUCCAAAGCACUUUUAUUCCCACUACAUCUUUAGAGUUUUUUUUAGCUGAGCUACAUUUUAAAGAGGGUUGUUUUAAAGACGGCAUUCAUAGGAUAACUUAAAAUGAUAUUUCGAGUUAAUAUUAUUAGGUGAUCCUAGCAGGCAGAUAAAGUUACCUGUUUUUUUAGGGAUCCUAGCCCUGAAUCCAAACUGAAUAAUCUGCUGGUACAGAUUCUGCUUAUUUCUGGAGAAAUCUUUUUUUUUUUUUUUACUUUUCCACACCGUGUCCAAGCUGAGUACAGAUAAUUUCAUGGAGGCAUGAAGUAGGAGAUCCUCAAUUCAAUCAUCUGAGCAGAACUUUUUCUGUUUUUUUUUUUAUAACAUAAGACAGCGGGGUUGAUCCCAGCAAGUAUAUUGCAUGUAUAUUUUCUGAAUAUUAGUUUCCUGUGAAUAUUUUGUAUCAUAAAAUUGCAUACUGACUGCGAAGCCAAACUGUUUAAUCUUGCUUUGUUGUGUGAUAGCCUCUAAGUUGAAAGUUUUCAAAUGCUUUAUGAAAAAAUAAUAUUUAAGUUUGUUUUAAAGAUCCCAUAUUAUGCUUUAUUUAAAAAUAAAAUAUUAACAAUGAGGCCCGCAGAGCAUGUUUUUCCUUUUGUGCAGAAAAAUUCCUCUUAGAUUUUUCCACGAAGCAUGUACCAAAAAUCUUAGUCAGCCGAUAGGCUGCUACAGCUUAUUUCCCCUGAUGACAUCAUAAGGGGAUUUUUUUUCAGACAGCCCGCAUUAACUAAGAGUUGGAGAAAGUCAAUGAGAGAGGGGGAAGAUUUUUUUUUUAUAUGUGAAUCUCAUACAUAGGCUUCAGAAAACAUGUGACUCUUACAAAAUGUUUAUAAUGUGAAUUUUGCAUAAUACAGGACCUUUAAAGAAACCUGAAUGUGUUUAUAUAGACCAUUUGAAUACCAUAUGCUAUUAAUAAUUUAUUGCUCUUGUCAUUCUAACCAUUUGUUAACACAGAUUGUUUCAAUA